ACACCCUCCACAUAGAGCCAAUACUCCAUCCUAUCCUCCCAUGGCCUCCAGUGCCACCUCCGCCCCACUGCAACCAUCUUCAGUCCUGAGCAAAGACAACGACCGCCCUGGCCGCGUGGUCUUUGACCCCUCCCACCUCCAGAACAAAACCAACAUACCCAAAGAAUACCUCUGGCCGCUGUCCGAGAGGCCCGACUGUUUGGAAGAACUUGAGGCCCCAGUAGUCGACCUCAAAGGAUUUCUUCAAGGAGAUGAGUCGUCCACCCGUCGUGCUGCUGAGAUGGUCCGAGAAGCCUGCCUCACCCAUGGCUUCUUCCAAGUAAUCAACCACGGCAUCAACCCGUCUCUCUUCCGCGAUGCAAUGACAAACGCGGACCAACUCUUCCAUCUCCCUCUAGAGACCAAGCUAAAGAUCGAGCGACAGCCUGGGAACUUUUGGGGCUACACCGGAGCACAUGCCGAUCGCUUAUCCUCCAAGCUCCCUUGGAAGGAGACCCUCUCCUUUGGGUAUGAUGACGUUGGAUCCAAGAAUGGUAUCGUCAACUACUUCGUGUCCAGCUUGGGGAAGGAUUUUGAGUCAAUCGGAUGGGUUUACGAGAGAUAUUUUGGAGCAAUGAAGGAGUUGUCUCUGAAGCUCUUGGAGCUUUUGGCGAUCAGUUUGGGGGUGGAUCAAGAGUAUUUUCGCGAGUACUUCAAGGACGGGGAGUCGGUAUCGAGAUGCAACUACUAUCCGCCGUGCCAAGUGCCGGAGGCGGUGCUUGGGACGGGGCCGCAUAACGAUCCGAACGGGCUGACACUGCUGCUUCAAGACCAAGUGGGAGGGCUGGAGGUGUUUUCGGAUGGCAAAUGGCGAGCGGUCAAACCGGAGCCGGACGCGCUGGUGAUCAACGUUGGUGACACGUUCAUGGGUUUAACCAAUGGGAUAUACAAGAGUUGCCUGCACCGGGCGGUGGUUAACUCGGAAAUCACGCGGCAAUCGAUAGUCUUCUUCCUGUGUCCGAGAGGCGAUAGAGUGCUCCGGCCCCCAGAGGCACUGGUGAGCCAAGAGAAUCCUCGCAAGUAUCCAGACUUCACCUGGUCGGAACUACUGAGCUUCACUCAGAACUCCUACAGAGUUGACGGUGAAACCCUCCAGUACUUCUCCCAGUGGCUUUUGUCCUCCAAAGCAACAGAGUAGCUCCAGCAUUGGAUUUGGAGGCAGCCAAGAGGACUUUUAGAUAUAUAUAUAUAUGGGAUAUUCGAAUAAAAUCGUAUGCUACUUUCCUUUUUCUGAUAUGUCUCUUUGCGCAUGGUGUGUAAUUUUUUUUUUCCCACGGAUACAAGUUUCUUCGUGCAUGGUUUAGGUGCGAAGAUGUAACUUGGGUCUACCAAAUAAAUAAAAGCUCUCUUCCGGGAGUGGAUGAUGAUAUUCUAAUAUGCUAUCACUAUUUCC